AUGGACCAUGACUUUGCUCCUCUUCCUCCAGAGAUGCAGCCACACAGAGCCCCAGGCUCUGGAACUUCCUUCUCCCGCAGCCACAUGCUGGGGCGCCCUACCCACCCAGCAAGGCUCUCUGGAGGGGUGUCCCCCCUCGUUCCUGUCCUCAGGAAGACUAUCCAUCUGGAUGCCUUUCCCCAAAGCCAUAUUCCACAGACUUCCAGCCGAUUGGGCCUUGGAGCCAGAGCCCAGAGUGAGCCCCCACAGGAGACUGGCAUUGCCCCAGGAGCUGCCCUGAACCCCCUGCCUGCCAACAGCCUUGUGCCCAGGAAGCUCAGCUCCAUCUCCUUAACACUCCGUCAGAACAGCCAAGCACGGCCUCUGGACCCUCUACUUUCUCACUGGAAAGAGUUGCCCACCCCAGGCAGGGAGUCUGCCAUCCACAGAGAAGGGAGGCUGUCCUCUCCAGGCUCACCACCCAUGACCCUAGUGCCAGGGGGCCGGGUCCACUCCAAAGGCCCAGAGAACCCAGGUCUGACCAAACCCAGCAAGAUGUCCAUAGUGGAGAAGCCUCUGGUGAGUUCAUACCUGGCCUUACCUUUCCAAUCCCGGUUAGCCAAGGGUUCAUCAAGCCUUGCUGGGCCAGGCCCAGUGGGUCAGGGGCACCCUGUACCCAUGACCGCCCACAUGCCUACCAGAGCUUCUCCAGGAAGAAGCAAGUCCCGGCCCAGGGGUAUCCCCAGAUCCCGGCUGCGUCUCCAAAGGGCCACCCCUGUUAUGAAUUUGUCUUCUGUGGACACAAGGCCAGACAUAGCCAGACACUUAGUGACAAUGGCCAAAAACAGACCUAGCUUGGCUAUCAAUCUGGCCACACAAAACACAUCCAGAUGGGACACAGGCACAGAGUUCCCCACUCUGAAUACCAAGGUGGAUACAGUCAUGGACUUGUCUACAGCUGGCACAGCCAAGUCAGGCAAAGCCAUGAACGUGGCUCCAACAGGCACUGCUAUGAAUUUGACCACAGUAGGGGCAACCAAGCAGGGCGUAGUCAUGGAUCUGAUAACCUCAAACCCAGACAAGCUGGGCAAAGCUAUGGUUACAACAGUUACAGCCAAGCCAGAUAUGACCACAGGGGGCACAGCCAUGGAUUUGGCAACACUAGAUCCAAUGAAGCUGGACACAACCAUAGCUACAUUGGGCACAAACAGGUUGGGCACAGUUUUGACUUUGGCUAGAGCAAAUACAGCCAAGCUGGGCACUACUAUGGAUCCUCUUGCUUUGGACACAAGCAGGCUGGGCACAGCCAUGGGUUCAGGUGUGCCAGUCACCCCAGACUCAGCCAUUGGGACCACACUGGACAGUGUCAAUAACCUGACCACAUCAGACAUUGCUACCUACUCACUGAUGCCAAGCAGAAGCACAAGCCCUGCCCUGGACCAUGCUACAACAGAGGCUGCCACGCUGGACCUGGCCAAAGAAUCUAAAGGACUCCCAGAGACCAGGACGGACGCAGCCAUGUCAGAGCUGGUGCCUGAACCCAGGCCUAAGCCAGCAGUGCCCAUGAAGCCUGUCAGCAUCAACUCCAACCUGCUGGGCUACAUCGGCAUCGACACCAUCAUUGAGCAGAUGCGUAAGAAGACCAUGAAGACUGGGUUUGACUUCAACAUCAUGGUUGUUGGCCAGAGUGGACUGGGCAAGUCAACAUUGGUCAACACACUCUUUAAAUCCCAAGUGAGCCGCAAGGCCUCCAGCUGGAACCGGGAAGAGAAGAUCCCGAAGACAGUGGAGAUCAAAGCUAUUGGGCAUGUGAUAGAAGAAGGUGGUGUCAAAAUGAAGCUGACUGUCAUCGACACCCCAGGCUUUGGAGACCAGAUCAACAAUGAAAACUGCUGGGAGCCCAUUGAGAAGUACAUCAAUGAGCAGUACGAGAAGUUCCUGAAGGAGGAGGUAAACAUCGCCAGGAAGAAGCGCAUCCCUGACACUCGCGUCCACUGCUGCCUCUACUUCAUCUCCCCCACAGGACACUCCUUGCGACCGCUUGAUCUCGAGUUCAUGAAACACCUCAGCAAAGUUGUGAACAUCAUCCCUGUCAUUGCUAAGGCUGACACCAUGACCCUGGAGGAGAAGUCUGAAUUCAAGCAAAGGGUUCGCAAGGAGCUUGAAAUACAUGGCAUCGAAUUCUACCCCCAGAAGGAAUUUGAUGAGGAUUUGGAGGACAAGACGGAGAAUGACAAAAUCAGGCAGGAGAGCAUGCCUUUUGCUGUGGUGGGAAGUGACAAGGAGUACCAAGUGAAUGGCAAGAGGGUCCUCGGCAGAAAAACUCCCUGGGGGAUCAUCGAAGUGGAAAACCUCAACCACUGUGAGUUUGCCCUGCUUCGAGACUUUGUCAUCAGGACUCACCUCCAGGACCUCAAGGAAGUGACACACAACAUCCACUAUGAAACUUACAGAGCCAAGCGGCUCAAUGACAAUGGAGGCCUCCCUCCGGGAGAAGGCCUCCUGGGCACUGUCCUUCCACCUGUGCCAGCCACCCCCUGCCCCACUGCCGAAUGA